GCGGUUAUUUAUCUCAUUAGUCAAAAUACAGUCCUUCAAGCGUUAGAAUUACGUCAUCAAAGCAUUCAAAUUACGUAACUAGAAACGUAAAUUACUGAACGUUCUUGAGUUGAAAAAAAUUAAUUCGAUUAAUUUUGUGUUCAUCAUGCAGACGUGAUACAAGAUUUGAAGAUGAAAUGCGCAGUUUUGAAGACGAGACCAAAGAACUUAAAAUGCAGUUAAAAAAAUCUGCCACUGCUGUUGACGACUCGGUGGCGAAAUGUCUUCAACUGCAACGAGAUAGGAGGAAGAGCUUGAAGAAAAAUACCGUCUGCAAAUUGACGAAGGAAAUGCAAGAAUCGCCGAGCUGAAUAAUGAAGUUGUCAAACAGUCUAAGAUAAUUUCCAAACUGAAGAAAGAAAAUUACAAACUAAAUAUGUGUUUAAGAGAAUGCGAAGACGAAUUACAAGAUUUGAAGUUUGAGUUCCGUGAUCUACAAGAUGAACACGAAGAACUUAAGACUUCGCUUGAUAACACAGACGGCAAUCCUGCAACUACGAUAGUCGAUGUAGAUAAAACCAGUGAGAUUGAAAUACUGCGCGCGAAAAUCGACGCUUUGGAAAGCGAUGUGGAACGUUAUCGCCGUGCAAUCGGAGAGCUCCAGAAAACUAACAAAUCGUUUCAAGAAAGGGAGUUGGAGUUGCUGAACGCCGAUAGAGAAAAGACGAUGCAUCUUGACAUCGCCGUGAAAAAGAUACGUGCUUUGGAAAAAGACCUUGGUAUGUUUGCCAGACAGAGCAGCGAGCUCAAAGCUGAGAUAAGGGCUCUAAAAAAUCGCCAUCACGAAUCUACUUUUGAUUUAAGGCAUGGUGAACCAGCCAGCUCCCGGGAUUUUUUUACUUCCCAUAAAGUGGGAGAUAAUUUGAGGAUGAGGCUUUAA